UGCAUUCCAUUACCAUGACAACAGAAAAGGGAUUGCCCAUGGAGAUGAAGAGUACCAUGGAGGGUGAUGUCAGGAGGACCAAUCAGGAUCAUGACAGUAAGACGUCAGAUGACCAUCAUGGGGACAUGGAUGACAGCUCGGAGAAGACCCCCAGCAAAGCAUCAAAAUCCCCCCAGAAAACAUCCAAACGCCCCAAAACCAUUCCUGUCAAAAUCACCCUACUUGACGGCUCAGAGUAUGAAACUGGAGUAGAGAAAUUUGCCAGGGGGCAGUCCGUGCUGGACAUGGUGUGUGGCCAUCUGAACCUGCUGGAGAGGGACUACUUUGGCCUGACGUUCUAUGACACAGACAACACCAAGAAUUGGCUGGACCCGUCAAAGGAGAUCAAGAAGCAAAUCCGAAUUGGCUCAUGGCAUUUCGGCUUUGCUGUUAAGUUUUAUCCCCCUGACCCAUCUCAACUCACUGAAGACAUCACCAGGUACUACCUGUGUCUGCAGCUGAGAGACGACAUGCUGUCCUGGCGUCUGCCCUGCUCCUUCGGGACCUACGCCCUGCUAGGUUCUUACACGGUGCAGGCGGAGCUGGGCGACUAUGAGCCAGAGGAACACGGGCCCGACUACAUCAGUGACUUCCGUUUCGCCCCCAACCAGACGAGGGAGCUAGAGGAGAGGGUGAUGGAGCUUCACCGCAACUACAGGGGAAUGAGUCCAGCGGAGGCAGAGGUGAACUUUCUAGAAAAUGCCAAGAAGCUUUCCAUGUAUGGUGUAGACCUGCAUCACGCCAAGGAUUCGGAGGGCAUUGACAUCAUGCUUGGCGUCAGCGCCAACGGACUACUAAUCUACCGUGACCGUCUGAGGAUCAACCGCUUCGCCUGGCCGAAGAUCCUCAAAAUCUCCUACAAGAGGAGCAACUUCUACAUCAAAAUACGCCCCGGGGAGUAUGAACAGUUUGAGAGCACCAUCGGCUUCAAGCUGCCCAACCACCGGGCUUCCAAACGCCUGUGGAAGGUCUGCAUUGAACACCACACCUUCUUCAGGUUAGUGUCUCCAGAACCCCCUCCCAAGGGCUUCCUGGUGAUUGGCUCCAAAUUCCGCUACAGUGGGCGGACACAAGCCCAGUCGCGUCAGGCCAGUGUGCUGAUCGACCGGCCAGCUCCGCAGUUUGACCGUUCGGUUAGCAAGAGGUACCUGCUGCCCCGCAGUGUGGACGGAGCCUCAGCCCUGGGAGACAGCAUGGACCAGCUGUCCCAGCGCAGCUCCAGUGAUCACACCCAAUUCCUGUCCAGGGAAGACCUGGAACAAGAGGGUAGUCUGGACCUAGACCAGGAUCAGGAUUACCAGGAACAAGACCAGGAGUAUCAGGAUCAGGAUGAGGAGACUGAUGGUGUUGCCACGUCCACCAAGACCAUGGAGCUGAAGGGUGAGGAGGCAGGCUCGCCAGUAGACUCAAAGCCUGAGUCGGACCAGGAUCUGGCCACCCCACGCCCCCAACAGGAGCAGCAGUUCCUGGACAAGCCCGAGGAUGUCCUGCAGAAGCACCAGGCCAGCAUCAACGAACUAAAGAGAGCUCUCAGGGAGCCCAACAGCAAGCUGUCACAGAGGGAGAAACGCCUGUCCUCAGCCACGCCCCCCGGAGGCACCCCAGAGAGGAAACAAGACACCCCUCCUACACCUGCCAUUCAUGAGGAGCCUUUUGACGAAGCCAUGAGGGAGCCAUGGGAGCGGCGGUUGGGCUCAGUGUCAGAGGACGACCAAGACCACGAGACCCUGUACCUGAAGGAAACCCACCUGGGCAUCGAGCGCAAGUGCUCCAGCAUCACGGUCAGCUCUACGUCCAGCUUGGAGGCCGAGGUAGACUUCACUGUCCUCAUGGACCUCCAUACGGGCAUGGAGGAGUUCUCCAGGGGCAUGAUGGAGCUGGGCGAGAGGCCCCUGUCACCCGACGUGGGCCUCAGCCUGAGCAUCGACCUGAUGCAGGGAACCCCGCCACCUCUCGUCUCGGCUCCUCUCACCGGGGCUAGCAGCAGCCCUCCUGCCAAGCAGCUGCACACCGAAGAGGUCCGACACCACGAGCCUGUUGUGCCCAGAAAACCAAAGAGGUCAGUGCCCAUCGACAGAGACCAGUCACAGAAAGAAACCACUUACUCAUCCCCCAUGACGGCGCUGAGCAGAGAGGCUAGUGACGUCGUCGCUUCCCAUGCACUGAGGAAGACUGAGGUCAAAGUCGACAGAGACCAGUCACAGAAAGAGACCACUUACGUGUCCGCCAUGACAGCGCUGAGCAGAGAGGCUAGUGAUGUCGUCGCAUCCCAUGCACUGAGGAAGACUGAGGUCAAGGUCGACAGAGACCAGACAGUGAGAGAGACCACUUACGUGUCCCCCAUGACAGCUCUGAGCAGAGAGGCUAGUUGCAUUGUCGCCAGCCAUGCACUGAGGAAGACCGAUGUCAAGGUCGAGACACAGUCCAAUGGGUCAGAGGUCACCACAACCAUCGUGGAGUUCACAGAUCAGGAUCAUGGUGUGACUGUAAGCAGUAUAGGCGAUACUUCUUAUUCAACAACAGAAGGUGUUUCCCCUGUGCACAUGUGUACUUUGGGAAGAGAGGCCUCUGGAUCUCCAAUACUUGUUACUGAGAAUGUUACCUCUGCAACCACACAUGUCACCAAGACGGUGAAAGGGGGCUAUUCAGAGACCAGAAUUGAGAAGAGGAUCAUAAUCACAGGAGAUGAUGAUGUUGACCAGGAGCAGGCCCUCGCUAUUGCGAUACAGGAAGCCAAGCAACAGCAUCCAGACAUGUUGGUCACCAAGGCAGUAGUUGUCAAGGAAACAGAAUCAUCCACUGAGGAUCCACAUGGGACAUCUUAGUCCUGAUUCCUGGGACAUGAGCGCCCCCCUCAGGAGCAGACCUGUUGGUGCCUGAGCUACCUGAGACCACCACUCUACUGUACCACCCUGACCACUGCUAGUGUGGCUCCGACACACACACACACACACACACACGUUCUAAUCCCUCACCCUUACUACUCCUGCCCACCGGGCCAACCCAUAUCCUUCCCUGCUGUCUACCAUAGUAACAGGACUCUUUAUUGAUGAACCUUUGCUCUGGCGGUGAGAUGGUGAAAUAUAGCCUCUUAGAAUCCGAGAGUGAAAUACUUACAUACUCGUCUCUAACAUGUAGGCUCAGCAUUCCCAAACAGUCACAUUACAAGUCAGAAUGUCGAACAAACUUCAUUUCAACGUACUUUACCUGUUGUCCACCGAUUUUGGCCCUAUGUCGGAGCCGGAUAAAGAAUAUACAUAGGGGAGCGUUAUCAACCCGACCUUCAGGACACUGGUCUGUAUAUCGUUUGUAUUUCCGGUUUGUAUUUUCAAUACUGACUCAAUUUGCACGAGACAAACACUUGCACAAUAUGUCCGAACCUAACCACAGACCGAACGGCAAACACUUCCAGCUGAUUGCGAGGAAACAUGCUUCGGUUGACAACGUUUGGUUACAUUCAGCUAUUGUUUACAUAUUGUGCAUCACGUGAAUUGCAUCACAUGAUUGAAAAUACUCACUGGAAUUACAAGCCGACAGAGCCAUAUACCUACCGGCACCCCAGAAAGUUGGGCUAAUAAUACUUUCCUGUGGCCAUUUUAUCUCCACUUCCUACCGCCAAAAAGACAACCGGUAAAGUACAUUGAAAUAUAAUUUUAUUCAACAUUCUGACUGUUGCGUCUUUUUACAGCAACUUCUUUCAGACUGAUAGCCAUGGAGUAACCAUGGUAACAGUCUGAUGUUUAGACAAGGUGAAAUACAGACUUGGAUGGCUACAUUUUACAUUUUAGUCAUUUAGCAGACGCUCUUAUCCAGAGCGACUUACAGUUAGUGAGUGCAUACAUUUUCAUACUGGCUAGAUAUGGAAUUGUCAUAAAUGAUGGCAGUCUCGGUACUACGAAAUAACAGGUUGAACGACAAAAUAGUGCUAGAAUUCCUUGUUUCACUGCUGGAAAGUUUCAGUCUACACCUAGUACACCUGUCUACACUGGUCUCAACACUCAAGCCAAACAACUGGGUUUUGACUAGAUAAAGUACAGCUUAUGUAAAAAUUGACUUUUUGUAGCAGGUUAGGAUAAUUAAUGUAGCAGGUUAGGAGAAUUAGACUAAGGUUAGGUGAAGGGUUAGGGUUAGCUAAAUUGCACACACAAAAACUCGUCCCCAGGCUCGAAUUGCCGGAACAUAGAGCCUGGUAAAAUUGUGGGACUGUGAAGGGGUGUAGAUUUCCUGAGUGACAUGAUAAUCAAUUCAAAAUCCUGAGUGAAUCACACGACAAUGAGACGUUCCAAAUUGGGGCGGAAAAGUGUUUGUUAUGGUGCACCACGGAAAUAACUCCCUGGACCCAAGGUAGUAGGAACAUAUCGCCAUUCAUGCUAAUAGCUAGCCAUACCUUUGUUACACAAGAACAUAAAAACAAUACUGGCCCCCGGAUGCAGCACACUUAGGGGGAGGUUCUAAGGGUUGCACUAGAUAGUGAUGGACUGAGAGAUCAGCCAAUUAAAACCAGUGGUUGUUUUUCCGCUCCUGCCAUAGGCUUCCAGUCAAGUCCCAUUCUGAGGUGGUCGGAAACCAGACGGUUCGACAGAGAGAGAGCCAGCUGGUGCACAAGAUUAAUUUGAUUUAAGCUGUAUCCUAUCUAGACCACCAAACUGUUCUCAGCUUGCCUCUGCAUAGUAUCCUCUAAGGAAAUGAAUGGGAAGGUUUUUGCCUGAAUGUCAAGUGGAUCCAAAUCUUAGGAGCUGUUGUCUCUUUGCUGUGCUCAUCCCAUCAUAUCACUGUAGAGUCUCACGGCCGCCACAACCCACACCAAUGCCACACUUGAAGUACGGGACAUUUUUAUUACAGGGUUACUUAGUAUAAAAUAAUCUGGCAGACUAUAGGACUACAAUGUGGUCCGAAGUCCUACUAAGUAACUUCCACCCAGCAUUCUAGACCUCAGAUCCAACUCUAAUGCCUACUGAGGCCUAGAUUCAAUCUGGACCACGGAAGAUCGAUGCUAAAGCAUAAUUUUAAUUUAAAGGCAAUGUUCCCGCAUUCGCUGAGACUGCAUUCACAGUAAACGCUGCAAACAGUAUGUCGGCUCAAUUGUAAAUUACCUUUACAUUUUAAUUGCGCAAUAACGCGGAUCUUCCGCGGUCCAGAUUAAAUCUAGAGUGUGCUUAUAUACCUAUGUAGUUUGUAAAGAGAAAAAAACAUAUAUGUAUCCAUUAGAUGUAGGUCCAGUACUGUUGACGUGCAUGCAGUAAAGCAGGUUUUCGUGAACAGGAAAACCUUCCCUUAGAUUUUUUAUACUUGCUAAACCAGCAAAGUCCAUAACUGUGCUUUGGCCCAUUUCUGUAACAGUGAGAAUGGUUAUGAGAAUGCCAGAGGAUACACAGAUUGCAGGAGAUGUGAGAACAGUAGGCUACUAUGCACCAGCGAGGUCAGUAAAUCGCGGCGUUGGUUUGGUGGCACUAACUCAACGAUGCCAAAUGUUCCAGAGUAGAGAAAGGGGCAACACAGCUAACACAGAAAGGUCAAAGUUGAACUUUUCUUCCUGCAAUGGCGCAUCCUCACAAUCACACAACAGAGGAGAAGAGCUGUUGAAACUCUCUCGGAUAAGUGGGCUUUGUCAAGAUAUCUUGCUUUUUCUUUUACCCACAAUUGGGCCAUUUGGCUGACAUCUUGGCAGACCCUACCUUGAACCCUUGUGUUUUAAGAACACAAUUGACGUUCCUGUAUUAUGAUGAUGGUUUACUUGUUAUUGAAGUUGAACUGUGCAGACAUUUGGAUGUAUAUGAAUGGAGUGGUUAUUAACCUCUGAUCUAUAGAAUGUGCCUGUUGGUUAUUUAUUAAAAUGGUGAAAGUAUAAAUUCUGAGCAUGUUGCUGUUCUAAAAUGAUCCAAGGUCAGGUCCCCUUCCAAACUUUAGAGAUACAGUCACUUUCUGCUGUUAUAGUGUGGCCAUUUGUCUAGGAAAUAUUAAUAGAUACACAUUAGAACCUUGUUAAAUUUGCCAAAUGGGCUACCUUUUAAAUGAAACUAGUAUUUUAGAUAAUGUUUGCAUGAUAAAGACAUUCAUUAUGAAAUUAAAUUAAACCACUAGAAUACCUACUGUAUAGAUACAAAGUUAUAGUAUUAUACAAAGUAGAAGAGACCUUAACGCAGUAUGAAAUAUCACAGUAGCUAGCUACAUCAGUAAAUGUCCAACAUAGGCUAUGGCCAUGAUUCAAUCCGAGGCACGUUGUAGAGCCCUGUCGACAAUGUGCCCAUUAAAGCUAGAAUUCUUAAUGGUGAAACUGCAACGUCUGUUUGCGAUAUUACAACAACAAAGAAGUUACUUGAAACAAUGAACACAGUUGUUUUCCCUUUGACAUCAUUGCAUGCGCGAUAGAACAGCAGCAUAUGUACUGCUUUUUUUUUUUUCUUGAUGCACGACGCUCCCCCAGUGCUCCCCACCUCUGCUUCGUCGACAAAACUAAAACAAUAACAACAGCCGUGGGGCAGACAGUGGCGCUGUUUCCCCCUAUUGCGGAUUCCACCUUUAAAGGCAAUGUUCCCGCGGAGAUCGCAUUGAUUGUAGCAGCUGUUGGAUGUCUGCUCAAUUGGAAAUUAUCUUUAAAUGUAAUGCGUUCCACAAUGUGCUUCGGCUUGAAUCCCGGCCUAGAUGUCAGUGAAAUGCAAAAGUCUGCAUUAUGUCUAUUCUAACUGUAGACUCCAUCUACAGGAAAUUAAACUCUGUAACAGGAAAAAGGAAAUGAAAGGUAUUAGUAUACAGUGUUUUCAAUACAGAAUGGGGGAAAAAAGACAAUAACAUAACAAAUUCAGUCAUGAUAAGAGGGUUUGCCGAUCCCGAGGUCCCACAACAUGUACACAUUGGGUUGACUCCAUUAAAUAAUAGGAGUGCUGUAAAGCGCUAUCACUGCACUUGAAGGGGCAUACAUAAGGCUCUCCAUCCAACUACAUACACAUUUAACAACAACUAUCAUGACAUUAGCAAUUGCUAAUGAUUUUUAUCCUGGUGGCGUUUAUGCCAUUUAUCAGGGAUGACUUACUGUAUGUUAUAUGGAUUGAAGUUUUUUAUGGACAUUUACCAGGCCUCUUGCAGUGAUUAUAUGGCAUUAUAAAUAUAAGUCCUUAUUUAUCCUCCUUCAAGCAAAGUGUUCCAGUGAUACCUGGAAUCUCAAUCCCUCAUCUGCUUUUGGUGUGUUUUGGUCUGGUUAUAUUUUGUGUUUGAGGGAUACCAUGGGCUAUGUUUACUACUGUAUGAAAAGUGUGCUGUGAUAAUGUUUGGUAGUAGUGAGACUUUUGUAUUUGUAUGAAGGAACUACUUCCAACAGUUUUGUAAUCAAGGAUAUACUUUAGAUUAACUAUGUGCCAGAAAGCCAACAAAAUUAUGUCACAAACAUGAUAUGGUAAGACUAAUGUAUAUGUCCUGUCAUAGUAUUACUUGUCAGGUACUCUCUUACAACACUGGUCAUUUCUGACUGAGUCUAAGCUAUACAGACGGAGUUAAUGCAUUUAGAGGAAAAAGCAAAGGUUGAACUGAAUGUGCAAUGUCAGGUUUAUGACAAGUUAAAGUUGGCUUUGGGACACAUAACUCAACUGUUACCAGGUGUGUGGUGUGUAACUGUUGAAUCGCAUUGGACAGCCGAGCUCCGUUUUUGCAUUUAUGUUUGAUAUCUUUUACAAAUGACAGUGGCAAAAUCAAUGUGGGGGUUAGGAGUGGCGAAACCAAUGUCAACAGCCAUGCAUUCCUUUGUACAGUAUACUGAGGAUUAAAUUGGUUUCAGAUAAGUGGCAAUGUUACUACUGUACACUAGAGAGUUUCAAUGAGCUCUAGAUAGUUUGCGGUGCAGUCUGAAUUGGGUGCAUCUAGCAUCAGUUUACCCUACCCAAGUCUUAACCUUAAUCAUGACCUUAGAUCAGUGUCUAAGGGCAACUUCAUCCUACAUCCUACAUGUUGAAGUACCCUGGCAACUUGGACAAGUAAUCAAACCGGCCAUGAUUAAUCAGAGGCGUUGGCGAGACCAUCGCCCUGUGCCGAACCCUGAUUGGAUGACCUCUGGCUGACCUUGGAACCCUCCCAGACCCCUGUAUAGUCCCCCUCUUCUCAGUUCACAUCAUGUUUGCUCUGUGCUGCUCCCCAUUGCUUGGUGCUGUGUCUUUGCUGUACAGUGAACUUGCAUUCCAUACAUUAAUAAACGAAUUGAAAAGAGCAA